GAGGGCGGGUGCGGAGGAAGUCACGUGCAGCGCGCUCACAUGACUGGCGGUGCGAUGGACCCGCUGCCCGCGGCGGCAGUCACGGCGGCAGCAGAGGCGGAAGCCGACGAGGAGGCGGACGCACCGGCAGCAGACUUGCCGAUGCCCCAGGCCAGCGAGGGGAGGGACCCGGAGCCCGGGCGCAUGCAGGUGCCGCAGGGGAACCCCCUGCUGCUGGCCCACACGCUGCAGGAGCUGCUGGCCAGGGACUCCGUGCAGGUGGAGCUCAUCCCCGAGAAGAAGGGCCUCUUCCUGAAGCACGUGGAGUAUGAGGUGUCCAGCCAGCGCUUCAAGUCCUGCGUGUACAGACGGUACAACGACUUCGUGGUCUUCCACGAGCUGCUGCUGCAGAAGUUCCCCUACCGCAUGGUGCCCGCCCUGCCGCCCAAGAGGAUGCUGGGAGCGGACCGGGAGUUCAUCGAGGGCCGGAGGAGGGCGCUGAAGCGCUUCGUCAACCUGGUGGCCCGGCACCCGCCCUUCUCGGAGGACGUGGUCCUCAAGCUGUUCCUGUCCUUCAGCGGCCCCGACGUGCAGAGCAGGCUGAAGGAGGCGGCCCAGUGCACGGGCGACGAGUUCCUGACCUGCAAGCUCGCUCCUCGGGCCAAGGACUUCCUCCCGGCGGACGUGCAGACACAGUUCGCGCUCAGCCGGGAGCUGAUCCGCAACGUGUACAACAGCUUCCACAAGCUGCGCGACCGGGCCGAGCGCAUGGCGUCCCGGGCCAUCGACAAUGCCGCCGACCUCCUCACCUUCGGGAAGGAGCUGAGUGCACUCGGGUCGGACACCACCCCGCUGCCCUCCUGGGCCGCCCUGCACAGCAGCACGUGGGGGUCCCUGAAGCAGGCGCUGAAGGGCCUGUCCGUGGAGUUCGCCGUGCUCGCGGACAAGGCCGCGCAGCAGGGCCGACAGGAGGAGAGCGACGUGGUGGAGAAGCUGAACCUCUUCCUGGACCUGCUGCAGUCCUACAAGGACCUGUGCGAGCGGCACGAGAAGGGCGUGCUGCACCGGCACCAGCGGGCGCUGCGCAAGUACAGCCUGAUGAAGAGGCAGAUGAGCGCCGCCGCGCACGGCCACGAGCCCGAGUCCGUGGAGCAGCUGGAGUCGCGCAUCGUGGAGCAGGAGAACGCCAUCCAGACCAUGGAGCUGCGGAACCACUUCUCCCUGUACUGCCUGCACCAGGAGAUGCAGCUGGUCCACGCCUACCUGCCCCUCACCUCCCACAUCCUCGGGGCCUUCGUCAACUCGCAGAUCCAAGGGCACAAGGAGAUGAGCAAGGUGUGGAACGACCUGAAGCCCAAGCUGCACUGCCUCUUCGUCGGGCCCAGCAGCACCCUGACCCCACCGAGGUCCCCGAGGGACGGCCUGUCUCCUCACUAGCGCCCAGGGGACCCGGCCCCCCACUGAAACCUCUUUCC